CCAUUUAAAACGUAUAUUUCCCCAGUCGAGUCAGCACUUUUCACGCAAAAGCGUCUAUCUGCGUUCCCUGUAAUAGUUGUUUAUAAUUCCAUUAGCUGCGUCAAUCGAUUAAUAUAUAUUAUAAGAAAGAAAAGAUAUUUAAGAAAAAGUUAAUUAAAUUUAAAGAACUGUGCAACAAUGUACGGUAUUGAUAAUUAUCCCAAAAAUUAUCAUGCCAGUGGCAUUGGCCUUGUCAAUUUGGCAGCUCUCGGCUACAACAAGAAUGAAGUCAGCGACGACACGCAAGGCAAGCCGAAGUCUGGACUGUACCCUUCGCUGCCCUAUCCAACAUCAGAGUCCGUGGGUGGCAUGCCAUAUGUGGUGAAGCAGACGGUCCAGCCACAGAAUUCAUCGUAUCAAGGCAUGCCCCAGCCAUCGGCGACGCCGUAUCCAAGCUCUGGCAUGUAUCCCAAUCUGCCAGCCAUGCCGUUGCCAUAUCCAUCAACGCCGCUGGCGCCCAUAUCGAGUGCAUCCCCAUAUCCGAGUGCCACUCCUUAUCCGAGUGCAACGCCUUAUCCCAGUGCAACGCCUUAUCCCAGUGCAAUGCCCUAUCCGAGUGCGACGCCCUAUCCAAGUGGGCCGCCGUCGCUACCCUAUCCAACGGCUGGAGGAAUGGGUAUGCCAGGCAUGCCCAUGCCCUAUGCACCCUUGCCCACAAGUCCAGCACCGCAAUCAAUUUAUCCAUCGAUGCCAACGCCAUCUGCGCCGCCACCAAACGAGCCCACGCCUGAGGAGGAGCCUUCUGUGGGCGUACAGGAGCUGCAGUUUACCAGUGUCAAGGUGCCCGAGAAUCAAAACAUGUUCUGGAUGGGCCGCAAGGCGACUACCACGCGCCAGCAGAGCAUCCAAAACGUGGACUUUUCCACGCUGCGCGAAUCUUGUGUGUCCAACAACACAUUAUUCGAAGAUCCCGAUUUUCCGGCCAACAAUGAUUCGCUUAUGUUCUCGCGUCGUCCGGAUCGGUACAUCGAGUGGCUGCGCCCGGGAGAAAUUGUGGACGAUCCGCAGUUCUUUGUCGAGGGCUACUCACGCUUCGAUGUGCAGCAAGGUGAGCUGGGCGAUUGCUGGUUACUGGCUGCGGCGGCGAAUCUGACACAAGACUCGAAGCUCUUCUUCCGCGUGAUACCGCCAGAUCAGGACUUCCAGGAGAACUAUGCGGGCAUCUUCCACUUCAAGUUCUGGCAAUAUGGUAAAUGGGUCGAGGUCGUCAUCGAUGACCGUCUGCCCACCUACAAUGGGGAGUUGAUUUAUAUGCACUCAACGGAGAAAAACGAAUUCUGGAGCGCGCUGCUGGAGAAGGCAUAUGCCAAGUUGCAUGGCUCGUAUGAAGCCCUAAAGGGCGGCACCACUUGUGAGGCCAUGGAAGACUUUACGGGUGGUGUCACUGAGUGGUAUGAUAUCAAGGAUGCCCCGCCCAACCUGUUCAGUAUCAUGACCAAGGCAGCGGAGCGUGGAUCAAUGAUGGGCUGCUCCCUGGAGCCGGAUCCGCAUGUGCUAGAGGCUGAGACGCGCGAGGGUCUGAUACGUGGGCAUGCGUACUCCAUAACUAAAGUCUGUUUGAUGGAUAUAUCGACGCCCAAUCGUCAAGGCAAGCUGCCCAUGAUACGCAUGCGUAAUCCUUGGGGCAACGAGGCCGAGUGGAACGGUCCUUGGAGCGACAGUUCGCCCGAAUGGCGCUUCAUUCCGGAGCACCAGAAGGAGGAGAUUGGUUUGAAUUUCGAUCGUGAUGGUGAGUUCUGGAUGUCUUUCCAGGACUUCCUCAAUCACUUCGAUCGGGUAGAGAUUUGCAAUCUCUCGCCCGACUCGCUGACCGAGGAUCAGGAGCAAAGCUCGCGUCGGAAGUGGGAGAUGUCCAUGUUUGAGGGCGAGUGGACAUCUGGUGUUACGGCUGGCGGCUGUCGCAACUUUUUGGAGACUUUCUGGCACAAUCCACAGUACGUGAUCACGCUGGAGGAUCCCGACGAAGAGGACGAUGACGGCAAGUGCACGGUGAUUGUGGCGCUUAUGCAAAAGAAUCGUCGCAGCAAACGAAACGUGGGCAUCGAUUGCCUGACCAUCGGCUUUGCUAUUUACCAUCUGACAGAGCGAGACUUGGAGCAGAAGCCUCAAGGGCUUCACUUCUUCAAGUAUCGUGCCUCGGUGGCUCGCUCUCCACAUUUCAUAAAUACCCGUGAGGUGUGCGCGCGAUUCAAGCUGCCGCCCGGUCACUAUCUAAUUGUGCCUUCGACCUUCGAUCCCAACGAGGAGGGUGAGUUCAUUAUUCGUGUCUUCUCCGAAACCAUGAACAAUAUGGAAGAGAACGAUGACGAGGUCGGCUUCGGCGAGACAGACGAUCGUAUUGCGCCCGCUCUGCCGCCACCCACACCCAAAGACGAAGACGAUCCACAGCGCAUCGCGCUCAAGCGUCUCUUCGACAGCGUGGCUGGUAGCGAUGAGGAAGUGGACUGGCAGGAGCUGAAACGCAUUCUGGAUCAUUCGAUGCGCGACGUCAUGGUCGGCACCGAUGGCUUCUCCAAGGAUGCCGUACGCUCUAUGGUCGCCAUGUUGGACAAGGAUCGUUCGGGUCGCCUGGGCUUUGAUGAGUUUGAAGCUCUCCUAACAGACAUUGCCAAAUGGCGCGCCGUAUUCAAGUUGUAUGACGUACGCCGCACCGGCAGCAUCGAUGGCUUCCAUUUGCGUGGGGCACUCAACUCGGCUGGCUAUCAUCUAAACAAUCGGCUGCUGAAUGCCCUGGCCCAUCGCUACGGCUCACGGGACGGCAAGGUGCCCUUCGAUGACUUCCUGAUGUGCGCCAUCAAAGUGAAGACCUUCAUUGAGAUGUUCCGCGAACGCGAUACAGACAAUUCCGAUACGGCAUUCUUUAAUCUAGACGAUUGGCUAGAGCGCACCAUCUACUCCUAGAGAACUAAAGCUAAUCCCGCUUCACCCAGUUGCAAUCCGUACUAAUCCUAAGUGCCACAUUUACUUAUAUACUACCAUAUCUAUACAGAUGCUAUUCAGAUGAUGCACAGCUGCAUGUCCAUGACGCAGACAGAGCUUAUCAAAUAACAAACGAUUGCUACAGUGAGACCACAACAAAGCGGAAAUACAAAAUCGUGUGCACAUUAAUUGUAUUGACCUUCAGUCGAGUGCUUGACGAUAAACGUGCAGAGCGAGGGAAGCGCAGAGAGCGCAGCAAGUCAAAUAAAAACCAGAAACUCAGCAAAACUCGACGGUUGUUUACAGAGUC